AUGAGUGAGGGCAAGAAGGAGUUGGAGAUGAGGGACAAAGCCAUCAUGCAUCAGCAGAGGAGACUCAAACAAGCCACUCAAUUCACUCACAAGGACUCGGCCGAUCUUCUGCCUCUGGACGGGCUCAAGAGAAUGGGCACAUCUAAAGACUUGCAACCCCACAGCAUUGUGCAGCGGCGCCUCUUGGAAGGCAACAUCCCCCGUCUGCGUGGAGAGACUCGGGAUAUCCCGUCUCAUGUCCGCUCACCCCUAGCAGACAGCAAAGAGCCUGGAGAGCCCGAGGAGAGGAGCGAGAGCACAGUGGAUGAUUCCACAGAGGAGCGCGAGUCUCCUGAAGAGAGUGAAAAGAGCCUGAGGUCUGAUGAGGAUGGGGAUGAUGAAGAUGAAGGAGACAGCAGUGACGCAGGAGGAAAGACUGACUCCAAACAGAAAGAGCAGAGGAAGAAAGAGCUCAAGGAGGGAGAAAGAGCAGCCAGUCUCUCAGCUCUAGUGGUCCAGUGUAAGUGUGGAGAUGCAGAGGUGAUGCUAUCCAUAAACACAGGAUGCCAACACAACCACAUCUCAAAAACAUGCUGCAGACGACUGGGACUAAAAUCGAAGCAAGAAGAUAAAGGUCGAGACAAGCAGCCAGUCAGUGAAUCUUCUCCAGUGGAGACGGUGAAGUCUCUACAGCUGCAGCUGGGCAGAGAGAGAGUGCAAUGCACUGCCCAGGUCAUCGAGGACGCCACGUUUGAGGUGUGUUUGGGCCUACAGACUCUGCUGGAACUAAAAUGCUGUGUGGAUCUGAAGUCCAGAGUGCUCCGACUCCACAGCCCAGAGCAGGAGCUUCCCUUCCUGGACGCACCUGCCUGCAGCCAGUGCCAUCACCACGACAACAACAAAAACAUGUGA